AUGCUUCCUGUGUCGUCCUCUGAACUCUCACUAUCAGAAAGAAUCACUGCAACCGUUGAAGGUGAUAAAGGAGGUGUAUUUUUUGUUUACGGCUAUGGAGGCACAGGUAAGACAUUUUUGUGGAGGACGUUAGCCUUAUCGGUUAGGUCUAGAGAGCAGAUUGUUCUAAGUGUUGCUUCCAGUGGUAUUGCUUCUUUACUAAUGUCUAGAGGUAGAACGGCCCAUUCUAGAUUUCACAUUCCCAUAAAUUUAGAUGAGAGUUCUAUGUGUCACAUAAGGCCUGAUGGUGAUGUAGCUUACUUACUUAAGCAUACUAGGUUGAUCAUAUGGGAUGAAGCACCUAUGGUACACAGACAUGCUUUCGAAGCUUUAGACAGAACAUUUAAAGAUGUGUUGGUUGAUAAAAGCAAUCUUCAUUCUGAUGGUUUGUUUGGAGGUAAAGUAAUUGUCUUUGGUGGUGACUUUAGACAGAUUCUUCCAGUUAUUCCAAACGGAAGUAGGCAAGAAAUUAUUAUAGGAGACGCACAAAUUGCCAAAUGGCUUCUCGAUAUUGGUGAGGGUAAAGUAGGAGGCGACAAUGAUGGUGUGGCAACUUUACAAAUACCUUCUGAUCUUCUAAUCACAGAUUGUUUGGAUCCCAUUGAAAGCUUGAUUCAAUUUGUAUAUCCAUCAGUUUUAGAAAGAUAUAUGGAUCGAGAUUAUUUUUCUGAAAGGGCGAUUCUUACACCAAAAAAUGAGGUCGUACAUGAAAUAAAUGAUCGAUUGUUAGAGUUGUUUCCUGGUGAACCAACAGAGUACCUAAGCUCUGAUAGUAUAUGUCAAACGGAACAAGUUAUAGAUUCCUUCCAGCAAGAGUUGUAUUCACCUGAUGUCCUGAAUGGCUUAAAGAUAUCUGGUUUACCAAAUCAUCGUCUGGUUUUAAAAGUCGGUGUUCCAAUUAUGCUUCUUAGGAACAUUGACCAACAAAAUGGAUUAUGUAAUGGUACAAGGUUGCAGGUUACAUUUCUUGGAAAGCGUGUUAUGGAAGCUGAAAUUAUAUCAGGUGCUAAUGUUGGAACUAGAACGUUCAUUCCAAGAAUUACCAUGAUACCGUCGGACAAAAAAAUACCUUUUGCUUUUCAACGACAACAGUUUCCUGUUGCUGUCUGUUUCGCUAUGACAAUUAAUAAGAGUCAAGGGCAGUCUUUGUCUAAGGUUGGACUUUUUUUAAAAGAACCAGUUUUUACACAUGGUCAGUUAUAUGUAGCCUUAUCAAUCAAGAGGAGGGGUGAAGAUGUUAAUUCUAGAUAA